GUUCGCUUUUGCAAAUAACUAAACCAAUAACCAACCAAACCACGAAAUAUGGCUUUCAAGUUUGUAUUCGCACUCGCUUUCGUUGCCGUGGCCAGCGCAGGUUACGCACCGGUAUACCACGCAGCACCUGUUGCCCCUGUUGCGUACCACGCAGCACCAGCCUCUGUUGCAUACCAUGCCGCACCUGUUGCCGUCGCUCAAAAGGUUGUGGUCAAAUCAGAGGAAUACGAUCCUCAUCCACAGUACAAAUUCUCGUAUGGCGUUGACGACAAACUGACUGGUGAUUCCAAGAGCCAAGUGGAGGAACGUGAUGGUGAUGUAGUUCGUGGUGAAUACUCGCUCAUCGACGCUGAUGGAUACAAACGUACUGUCCAAUACACUUCGGAUCCUGUAAAUGGUUUCAAUGCUGUCGUAAACCGUGAACCACUUGUGAAGGCUGUUGCUGUCGCUCCAGUUGUAAAGACAGUGGCCCCAGUUGCUCACUAUGCCGCUCCAGUAGCCCAUUACGCCGCCCCAGCUGCCCAUUAUGCCGCCCCAGCUGCCCAUUACGCUCCAUACGCUGCGCCAGCUGUAGUCAACUACCAUCAUUAA